AUGACGAUGAGGCAGUCGAGGUUCAAGAGGAUCUGCGUCUUCUGCGGCAGCAGCCAGGGCAAGAAGCGGAGCUACCAUGACGCCGCCAUUGAGCUCGGCAACGAGCUGGUGGCGCGGAGCAUCGACCUGGUGUACGGCGGCGGCAGCAUCGGGCUCAUGGGGCUCGUCUCCCAGGCCGUCUACGACGGCGGCCGCCACGUCAUCGGGGUCAUUCCCAAGACGCUCAUGACACCGGAGAUCAGCGGCGAGACGGUCGGUGAGGUGCGUCCGGUGGCCGACAUGCACCAGAGGAAGGCGGAGAUGGCGCGGCAGUCCGACGCAUUCAUCGCCCUGCCCGGAGGGUACGGCACGCUGGAGGAGCUGCUCGAGGUCAUCACGUGGGCGCAGCUGGGCAUCCACCACAAGCCGGUCGGGCUGCUGAACGUGGACGGCUACUACAACUCGCUGCUGACCUUCAUCGACAAGGCCGUGGAGGAGGGGUUCAUCAACCCCAGCGCCCGCCGCAUCAUCGUGCUCGCGCCCACCGCGCAGGAGCUCAUGGACAAGCUCGAGGAGUACGUGCCGUACCACGACAGGGUGGCGUCCACGCUCAACUGGGAGAUGGGCCACCUCGGCUACUGACGUGGCCACGCGUACACAGCCUGCGGCGGCGGCGGCGGCGGAAGCAAUCAUCUAGAACGGGGCAGGCGAUUGGAACCAUUGAUCGGUGAAGGAAGGAGGAGGAGAAGCUUAGCUUGCCGUCGGAUUGGGAUUUUAAUUUUCUCCCUAUUUAACUUGACGCAGAUCGGUUUGGAGUGUUCGUUUGUAUAUGAUGGUGGCCUUGUUGUUUGCUUCCACUGGGGUGCAAUGCUGUAGCAGCGAAAAGGACUUGACCGGUUCCUCCCCGCGCCGCCCCUGCUGCUGUAUGGUCUUGUAGUAUUAGCAGCUAGUGCCUGCCUAUGUAUGUUACUAGUUUCAAGAAGCUGAAUUCGAUUGACUACAGCAACUCAGCAAGUGUGUUAUACAAUGCAGUGCAGAUCUUUUGGAUCGAAA